UCUGGGGUCGGGGCGGGACGGCGCGCGCGAGCCCGGGAUCUACGUGGGCACGCGGGCGGCGUGGGUGCGCGGGGGCAGGGCCAGGCGGCGCGCGCUCUCUGGCUUGCUGGGCUGCGGGCAGUCCUGGGGCGGGACGGGAUGGCGCCUCCUCCGCCUCCGCCCCAACUGCUGCUCCUGGCGGCCCUGGCGGGGCUCCUGGGUCCCAGUGAGGUGGUGGCUGAGCCGGCGGAGGAGGCGGGAGCCCGUUGUCCCGAGGGCCUGUGGCCUCUGCCCCCACAGGUGUCGCCAAGAGUGACCUACACACGGGUGAGUCCACGGCAGGCUGAGGAUGUCAGCUUCCUCUACCAUCCCUGUGCGCACCCCUGGCUGAAGCUCCAGCUUGCCUUCCUGGCCCACAUUUGUGUGGCCCAGCCCUUACUGGCCCCUGACUCCAGCCUCACCCAGGAUCGGCCCCUGGUACUGGCAGCAUGGGGGGUGGCACUGGAGAUGGCAUGGGUAGAGCCAGCCUGGGCUGCCCACUGGCUGAAGAGGAGGAGGCGGCGGAAGCAAAAGAAGGAGAAAGCAUGGUUUCGCUCUGACAGUUUUUCUGGGCCCUAUCCCUUGGUACCAACACCGGGCAGAGGGAGGCUGUGCCGGAGAGGGUGCGUGCAGGCCACGGCUUUGGCCUUUACUCUGCGGAGCUGGAGGCCCCCAGGCGUAGAGGUGGCAUCUAGAGGGCCUAGGCAGCUCUUUCCUAGUGGUGCCAAGAGGCGUGGGCUGCGGGCUGCCCUUGGUCUCCAGCCCACCCCCUCAGCCCUGAGGUUCCACUCCGUUUCCCCACGGAGCAUGGAGGCCAAGCAGCCUAUGUUGGGACCCCAGGGUGCAAGGGAUAAUGCCCCAUCUGUGCCCACCGGCCCACUGCUGCUUGGGGGGCCUGGAAGCAGCGUCAGCUCCAGGCUAGAGGCUCAGGUGCCCAAAGGGCAGAGCAGCCCAGGGGUCUGUGCCUGUCCGAGUCAGGCUUCCCCGGCCGCUCGGGCAGCAGCGCCUCCGCCGGCAGCCCGGGGCCCCACCCCGCGCACGGAGGAGGCCGCCUGGGCUGCCAUGGCCCUGACCUUCCUGUUGGUGCUGCUCACCCUGGCCACGCUCUGCACGCGGCUGCACCGAAACUUCAGGCGUGGGGAGAGCAUCUACUGGGAGCCCUCAGUGGACAGCCAGGACACAGUGGCUGCGGUGCUGAAGCGGAGGCUGCUGAUGCCCCCUCGCCGGGUCAAGCGCUCCCGCCGGAGACCCCUCCUCCCGCCCACGCCGGACAGCGGCCCGGAUGGGGACAGCUCCGAGUGACCUGCCCCAGCCCUGCCACUGUGGCAGGUCCGGCUCCUCCUCCCGCCGGGAGGCUGCGCCACGUGGACCGCGCGCAGGGCCUCCCCCUGGUGGCCAGACGGCGCAGUCCUGCCUAAGCGCUGCAAAAGGGCUGGUCCUUAGUGUGUGGUUUGCUGGGAGGGAUGGGGAGGGGGAAAGGGAGGAGAGAAAAAGGAGCUGUCUCAGCCUCCGUUGCAAAAACUCCGUUUUUCUUAUUAAAUUAUUUUAGUAGAGCCUGGA